AUGACAUCCCCAACAAGUUUCCUGAUGCUUUAUUUUGUGUGCGGGUUCAGCAUUGCCUUGGCAGCAACUCCUAACAUUACCACGGAUCAAUCUGCUCUUCUUGCCUUGAAAGCUCAUAUUUCUUUUGAUCCCCAAAAUCAUUUGACAAAAAAUUGGUCCUCUACUAAUACUUCUGUUUGCAAUUGGGCAGGUGUCAUCUGUGGUUCUAAACAUCUCCGAGUCAAAGCUUUAAACCUUUCCUACAUGGGCCUUGUUGGUACCAUUCCUCCGCACAUCGGGAACCUUUCAUUCCUUGUUAGCCUAAGCAUAAGAAACAACAGUUUUCAUGGCUCAUUGCCAAAUGAGUUGUCUCAUCUUACUCGGUUGAAAAUCUUUAACUUUGGAUUCAAUGAAUUCAUAGGUACUAUUCCACCAUCUCUAUCUAACAUAUCUUCAUUGCAAGUUAUUAGUCUUGGAUACAAUCAGCUUUCAGGCACCAUACCUUCCUCUAUCUUCAAGAUAUCUUCCUUGCAAAAAAUUUCUCUUGGAGCGAACAAGCUUUCAGGACCGAUGUCCUCCAUUUUCUUCAACAUAUCUUCACUACAAAACAUUGAACUUGGCGAGAAUAUGCUAUAUGGUGGACUAUCUACACAUAUGUUUGAUCAUCUUCCCAAUCUUCAGUAUCUUUCUAUUUGUUGUAAUCAAUUGUCAGGUGAACUCCCGAAAAUAGGGAAUUUAACUAUGCUUACAAACCUAAACCUUGGUGAAAACAAAUUUGAAGGUAUGUUUAGUCAACUAUCAACCUCCAAUAUGUAGUUAUCCUUUUUGUUCAAAUACAAACAUUUGCAAAUUCUAUAUGUAUUGACUAAUAAAUUUACAAGAAAACUACCCCGAGAAAUAGGCAAUUUAACUAUCGUUACAGAGCUAUACCUUUAUGACAACAACUUUGAAGGUAUUCUUUGUCUUAUUUGAAACCAUUUACAUAGAUAAGGCUAUUGAUCAUUUAGUAGACAUGUUUUUUUAUCGUACUGUGAAGGUAUGCUUAUAUAGUCUUAUAUGAGUCAAUUACAUCGAUACCAUUAUUGAUUUAGUAUACAUGUUCUAUGAUCAUCUCUGAUUGAACAAUUAAUUUCAAAUUGAAGUACAAAAUACUUCGUUCAAAAUAUAUUGAAACUAGAAGAUUUCAACAAGUCAAGUAAAAAAAUCACAAGAGGACCCAGAAACAUUCCUAACAAUUUGUGAC